UCCAGGAAAGGAAAUAUGUCUGGACUAGAGGAGCUCGCGCCCCAGUACACGGGCACGGACACGGGCGCAGGCACGAGUACGGGCACGACCGGGCCUGGGGGAGACGGCGAGAGCGGCCAGGAGCCCUCGGACUCGGCUAUCUCCAGGGGCCAGGGGCAGGAAGGCGCGGCCCCGAGCGCGCAGGCGCGGGGGCGCGCGCGGCGCAGAGCGGCCGCCAGGGGGCGCCGGGGCCGCGCGCGCAGCGCUCAGCAGCUGCGCCGCUCUCUUAGCCGGGACCGAACUAUGGGGGAAGCUGAGGUUGCCACCGGCGGAAGCGGCGGCGGCAGCGGCCCAGGAUCGGGAGCAGGCGGCGGAGGCGGCGGCGGCCCCGGUUCUGGCCCGGGCCCUGGCGGUAGCGGUGAGAAAGGCCCCGUCGAGUCGGCGCCAGGCCCGCCCGAGGAAGUCGUAGUGUGGAGUCCCGAGGUGGAAGUGUGCCUCUUCCAUGCCAUGCUGGGGCACAAGCCUGUCGGUGUGAAUCGGCACUUCCACAUGAUCUGCAUCAGGGACAAGUUCAGUCAGAACAUAGGGAGGCAGAUCUCCUCCAAAGUCAUCUGGGACCAUUUAAGUACUAUGUACGAUAUGCAAGCAUUGCAUGAGUCUGAGAUUCUUCCAUUCCCUAAUUCAGAGAAGAACUUCAUCCUUCCUGAAGAAAUUAUUCAAGAGGUCAAAGAAGGAAAGGUGAUGAUUGAAGAUGAGGUGAAGGAAGAAAUAAAAGAAGAAAUGGAUUCACACACUGGUACUGAAGAUGUUUUUACCUCUUCAGGAAAUUUGGGUAAAGGAGCUGAAAAGUCCAGUGGCAAAGAAAAAGAAAAGAGCUCAUCAGAUUCUGGGUCUAAAGAAGGUGCAGACAAGAGGAAACGCAACCGUGUCACGGAAAAGGUCUUAAAUGCAAACAGCAACCCCUCUAGCCCAAGUGCAGCCAAACGUCGGAGAACAUAGACAGGCCAUUAUUAAUAACUUAGAGAAAAUAAGAAGGAAACAAAAAAUGAUGAUGUUUACUUUAGUGGAAGGAAUUUUUGAAAAGUUUUUAUUAAAUUACCCCAAUUGUUCAGAUGGUACAUAUUGUCAUUUUUGCUAAUCAUUGGAAAGGGAGCAUGAAAAGAUUAGCAUGAGGGAAGAGGCUGAGAAAUGUAUCCUAUACUUCCUAGGAAUAUGGUUUGAAUACAGAAAAGACUAGCUUAUCUUGGUGGCAUUAGGAUAUUUGUGAGCAUUCUAGCUGAGUUCUCAGAUUUCCCAAGGUAAAAUGGUAGUUUUGCAAGUGUGUACUUAAGGAAUUUUGUGAUGAUAUAUAUAUAGAAAGAUUAUUUAUGUAUUCUUUGUGUUUUUGAAGUCAAAACUCAUUUCUUAGAGAUGUGCUGAUCCUUUAGAUUCUUAUCAGUUUUCCUUGAUUUGAUAUCUGAAGCUAGUUGUAGGGUCAGAGUUUUUUUUACCAUAGUAAAGCAAAUGCCAGAGUAAACUAGGAGACAAUUCAAAGGAGACCUCUUUCAAAUGGGUAAAUCACUAUAUAACUGAGCAAAGUGUUAUUCUCAAAUACAUAGCUCUGAGCUAGUAACAGUAAACCUAUAAGCCUGAUCAGGGAAAAAAAUACCCUUUUUCAUUUUCUACCCAUUAAAAGUAAACAAAAGAUCUCUCCUUAGAGACUUCAGUCAAACCUGUCCCUUAAAUGUCAAGUGUGAAGCUAUAAACAUUUACUCACUGUUUCAUGAGUUGGGGGUCUUGACUGAAUUGUUUUCUAGUGCCAUAAAAUAUGAUGGAUUUUCUCUUUUUGCCACCAGAGAGACCAAGAACUGGAUGUUUUGCCUCAUUUGUGUGUACUGUAUAUAAUUGUUUUGGUAUUUCAUUAUUUAAUUUUUAAGAAAAAUAUUUUACUAGUGUUUUAUAUGGAAAGAAUAUUGCAGAAGUUUAAUCUUGUGUUGUAUUUUUUCUGAGAAAUUUGUUUUAAGGUCAUGACUAUUUUGAGAUACUUGUUGCUCGGUUUUAUAUGCUGGACUAUUGAACAUUUGUAGCAGUUCUAUUUAUUACUCAGACGGUUGCAGACAGACCAAAAAAAUGACAAUUUUGUGGGAGAGAAUAUUAGUCUGUUGAACUGGUGUUGGGUAUGGCACAAAAUGCUUAUUUGAAAUACAUCCUCGUUUGACUGCUGAAUAAAAAGUACAAAAACUCCUUCAAA